AGCGGACAGUUUAUAUGUUUCCUGACUCACGCUGUUCAUUCGCUUCAACAUUUUACUUUGAUAUUUUACCUCAGCAUUAAUAAUUAACGUCAGCGUUAUAUAUAUAUACCCCUCAGGUUUUGCUGUGUGAUGUCGAUAAUCGCCUCCACACUGAGAUGUUACUGACGGAUUUUUACAGAGACUGUUUGAUGAGAUGAAUUAAAACUCCAAGCUUGUUGUGUCUGAGAACACAUUUUCCCAAGUCUUCUCUUGCCCCUGAUGGGUUCACUGCACUUAGAUUUUCCUCCAAAAACACUUCAAGAUAUGGCCUUUAAAGGAAGUACUAAGAAAACAUUAUCUGGUCAUCGUGAAGAAUAUCAUGAAGAAAUGAAGAACCAAAAUUACCAGUGCUCAGGUUGUGGGAAAAGAUUUAGUUACCCAAGUUGUCUGAAAAGACAUCAGCGCAUUCACACAGGAGAGAAGCCGUAUCACUGCACACAGUGUGGAAUGAGUUUUACAAGGGCUGAUGACCUACGAAAACACCAGCACAUUCACACAGGAGAGAAGCCGUAUCACUGCACACAGUGUGGAACGAGUUUUACAAGGGCUGAUGACCUACGAAAACACCAGCGCAUUCACACUGGAGAGAAGCCGUAUCACUGCACACAGUGUGGGAAGGGUUUUACACAGGCAUGUCACCUACAAACACACCAGCGCAUUCACACCGGAGUUAAGCCGUAUCACUGCACACAGUGUGGGAAGGGUUUUACGCAGGCAUCUCACCUGCAAACACACCAGCACAUUCACACUGGAGAGAAGCCGUAUCAGUGCUUACGGUGUGGAAAGGGUUUUACCGCAGCUACUAGUUUACAAGCACACCAGCGCAUUCACACAGGAGAGAAGCCGUAUUACUGCUCACAGUGUGGGAAGAGUUUUACAUGGGCUGGUGACCUACGAAAACACCAGCGUAUUCACACAGGAGAGAAGCCGUAUCACUGCUCACAGUGUGGAACGAGUUUUACAAGGGCUGAUGACCUACAAAGACACGAGCGCAUUCACACAGGAGAGAAGCCAUAUCACUGCACACAGUGUGGGAAGAGUUUUUCUACUUCUGGUUCUCUGCAAACACACCAGCGCAUUCACACUGGAGAGAAGCCGUAUCACUGCACACAGUGUGGGAAGAGUUUUACUGCAGCUAGUUCUCUCCAAACACACCAGCGCAGUCACACAGGAGAGAAGCCGUAUCACUGCACACAGUGUGGGAAGAGUUUUACUGCAGCUAGUUCUCUCCGAACACACCAGCGCAGUCACACAGGAGAGAAGCCGUAUUACUGCUCACAGUGUGGAAAGAGUUUUACUGCAGCUAGUUCUCUCCAAAUACACCAGCGCAUUCACACAGGAGAGAAGCCGUAUCACUGCUUACAGUGUGGGAAGAGUUUUACUGCAGCUACUAAUUUUCAAAAACACCAGCGCAUUCACACAGGAGAGAAGCCGUAUCACUGCUCACAGUGUGGGAGGAGUUUUAGACAUGCAGGUCAAUUUAGAAGACACCAGUGCUUUCACACAGGAGAGAAUCCAUAACACAAUAUGGGACGUGUUGUAUGCACUGCCAUCACUUUUAAAUAUACUGCCUGUCAACAUUUUAUUAGAAGGGUCAAUUUAUUGGGCUGCAUCAAGCUAAGAAAGAGAUCUGAAAUUACUGGGAAAGGAUUAAGAAAUAUAAAUACUUGGAAGGAUAGUGCUGAACCAUCAACUUUUUGGAAGAAAUAUCAGAAAAUAUCAUGAAUUGAGACUACAAACACUUUUAUAAAGUUACAUGGAAAAAAUUCAACAACAACAAAAAAAAGGCAUGUUUAGUAGUGGAAGGAAAGAAAGCAUUUCCUUACACACACACACACACAAUGUGAUGACAACCCACAGGAUUGGGACUAAACAGCUGUGUGUCUAUAAGAAAACCACUUUAUAUUGAGAACCAUCAGAAAGUCUUGAAUUUGCUGGGGAUCAUUAAGAUUUGACAUUGAAGCAAUGGAAAAAGGUCAUGUGGCCUGAUAAUUCCAGAUUGAGCCUAUAAGUGAGGAAUCAUGUAAAUUUAAUAAAAUUUUAUUUAUAUAGCGUUUUAACAAUAGUCAUUGUCUCAAAGCAGUUUCACAAAAAUGUAAAGAAAAUUUAUGGACGUGUGUGUGCAGGCCUCACAAAAUUGCUAGCCCGGCGUCCCGGGGCUAUUGUGUCUUCCAGUCGGGCUACCAAAAUAUAUCUCAGGCCUGCCCAUCGAGCUAUCAUGGGAAGGAAACAUGUAUGUCAAUGCUUUUGCAUUCUUUCGCAAAUGUAGCUGGGUAAUUGUCAUUUUCGGGCAUCGAUGAGCCCUUGUCAAUAUGUGAAAUAUUAAAAUCGCGUUUGAAUUCGCGCUUGUUUGUUACUUUCACUUUGCGAUCGCGCAAACUGUGUAUACUGUAUAGAGAGCGGCAGUACUGAUUGGUCAGUCACUGAUUAAUAGCGCACCAAUUCCUCUGACAUUCGUUAGCUUACUUUUUAAAUGUGCAAUCUCCCGCUGCAAGCUUAAACAUGUGAUAGAGGUUGAUUGCGCAGAGAACUUUAAAAAAAUCGCUGACCAUUAAGUGUGUGUGUGUGUGUGUGUGUGUGUAAAAAAAUUACAUAGGUAUUUGAGUUCUGCUGAAAAAAAUAAGACAGGUCAGGGUGAAAAAGGGACAGAAAAAGAAAAGCCCAUCACAAAGCCGAAAAGUUAUGACAAAUCAGACAUGAGGCAAGAAGAGAGCGCGUCUUUUUGGUUUCAUGGACAAAAACGUUUCUGUGGCUGGAAUAUGACAAGCUAAAUAACAUAAUGUUCUGCCGGGUGUGUCGUGAGUUUCCCUUGAUUUCUGACUCGACAAGCACCUUUGUUACAAAAAAUUUUUUUAAGAAAGACCCCAUCAGAUUCCAUGAAAAAUCUCUGCAUCACAAGACAUGCAUUGGUACUCAGUCUGCAGCAUCUUCCCAGAACAAACACAUACUAAUAGAAAACCAAGCACAACGAAGUCCUGAAAAAGCAGUUUAGAACAGCGUACUAUGUUGCAAAGAGUAAAUUACCAUUGGCAAAAUUUAGCAAUCUUUGCAAACUUCAAAAAGCACUAUAGAGUGGCAUUUACUCAUCUGUGACUUCAGUGAAAAUUUCAGAUUCAUAAUCUGCCACAGACUGAUUCAUGUUCUGCAGCAGUCUUGUAACCUAAAUUAUUAAUCAGAAUUCGAGUUUAUUUAAAAAUGUUUUUUUUUUUUUAUUUAAGAACAAGUCUUGGUUUCUCCCCUUCUCGGUCUUAGUGCGCAUCUCUCAUUGGUAUAAUCGACACCUGUGCACGUGUGUACUGUUUACUAUAACACUGCCCACAUGUGUGCGCGUACAUCAUCUUUUAUUUUGUGUUUGUAUGCGUGUGUGUAAAGCGCGCAUGUAAAGCAUUAGAAAGUCUCAUUAGAGAGGUUAAAGAUUCCUUUACUUUCUCACCCUAGGUCAGUAUGCCGUUAUGUCUGCGCGUGUGCCCCUUCACACACACACACACACUCUGCUCUACACAGAAACACUGCUCUGUCGCGAUUCUUUUCAAAGUUAAAGUGCAGGUUAAUUUGUUUUUUAUUUUAACUUUACAAUAGUGAUUCUGUUAGCAGUGUUUCUUGCUAACAGAAUCAAUGUUUGUGUAAAAUAAUAGAGAAGGAAGUGUUACUGUGUGAGAUGAGAAGAGGGGAGGGGCUGAUUCCUCCUUCUCCUCUUACUUUAGCUUUACAUACACAGUGUGUGCACGAACAAACGGAAACACUUAUCUGUCUGUUUUUUUUAAAAGGUAAAGUGCAGGUUAAUUUUUGUUUUUACUUUAUAUUUUGUAUUAAUUAUUUUAUGUAUUUAUUUAUUUGGGCUGUGUAACAAAUAAUUUGAGUUUCCAUUAUUUCUUAUGAGAAAAUUUGAUUUAUUAGUGUUUUGAAAUACGAGCCUGCUUUUGGAACAAAUUGUGCUCAUAAUCCAAGGUUCCACUGUAUUUGUUUUCCUUUAGUUUCACUCUGAUCUCGAUACUCUUUCAUUGUAUAGUUCAAUCAAGUUUUAAUAAAUGCUGGACUUGAAACUUUGAACAUCUUUCAACUUUGUAGUGGAUGGAGUUUAGCUUGCUGUCAAACUUCAUAAAGGUGAAAACAGGACGUGAAGGGAAGACAGUACACCAUUCAUGAAUUUCCCGACAUUUCCUCAACAAAGUUAAUGGUUCUGCACUAUUCAUCCAAGUAUUGAUAAUUUCUUAACCUUUUUCCAGUAAUGUUAAAUAUGUUUAGUUGUUUUAAGUUGUCACAGCUGCGAAAACAGAAAUCCUAUUGUUUCCAUUUAGGAUUUGUAUUGCGUGUUCUUUUUUUUUUAGUGUUGAAUUACCAGUUUUGUCCAUGACAGUAAAAUCUCUGACCUCAGUCCUGACAGACAUGUGCCUCAAACCCAUCUCUGUCAUCUUCUCACAGACCAAGAUGCUUUCUUAAACCGUUUUACCUCAGUUUUCCUUUUUGUUUUUUCAAUUUUUCCCCGAUUUUCUACCUAAUUUAGUCGUGUCCAAUUCCUCCCCGUCACUAGGCAGCUCCCACUUUAUGGCUACUAUUACCACUCACUCCGGAUGGCUAUCACGUUUUCUCUGAACCACGUGAUGCCAGCCGACCUCAUCUUUUUCAAACUGCUUGCUCAUUCACCAUUAGGUGCGGUGUAACACACUUGGAGAACAGCGCUAUCCGCUCCUUCCGCUUCCGUGAGCUCACAGACCCCCUGAUUGGCUGUAGAGCCGUAAUUAAUGUAAGAGCACUAAGUACUAAUAACUUGCAGUUUGCCAUAUUUAUAAUUUAGUUGUUAAUAAACAGGUAUGCCUGGGUGUUGGGUAAAGUAUGUUCGGGUCAUAAAAUUAUCUCUAAUUUGAAAAAAAAUACGUUAGCAUACUUUUUUUUUUUAAUCCAGCAGUUUGGUUUGCUAAAGGUAUAUAAAGUAAAUUAACUGAACCUAUUAGACUAUUCUCGCGAACCUGGAUAAAAAUAAAAACUUUUGACUGGAGCAUGAAGAGAAAAAAACUUGUUUCUCUAAAAAUACUAAUUUUGUAUUUCAGGCAGAUUUCUUUUUUUAGCUCGGUUUGUAAGAAUUCAAACGGUUUUCAGAAUUCCUUGGGGAAUUCAGGAAAUACUGUUAACAUAACUUUACCUUAAUUGAAAAGGUAAACGAUAUUUUUUAUACGCCUGCUAGGUAAUGUUUUGGUCGUUUUAUAUAUGCUUCUGUAAGUCACAUGUAAUUUACUUACAGGUUAAGUUAAUCAUGAGUAACUUUGAUUAGCAUUGUGUAUGGAAAUUACUUAAUAAUAAAUAAGCAUCUCUGAGUCCUUUAUCUAUCUAUCUAUCUAUUAUAUUCUAGCACAGGAUAAUUCCAUUAUUGCAUUAUUUAAGAUGCACCGUUAUCCAAAAAGUAAUGAAAUGAAAAUUCCAUUAAUUUCAUUUGGACUCAGCAGGUGAACAAAAUGAUCCGAUCAUGAUCUGUUCUGUUCAUUGUUACUCAGCAAUGGACAAAUCAAGUGUAAAUUAAUGAGGCAAUUGGUUUUACAGUCACAUAAGGCAACAACAGUAUUGUGUUUUAAGUUUUGAUUAGAGCAAACAUGGUUCUUUUUUUUUUCUAUCAGUUUUCCAUUGGUGAACAGAGAGGAGAUACAUUUUAUAUGGGUUUCAGAUUGUUUUUGUAGACGCCAACCUCAGAAGUUAACUGUUAUAGAACAGUUUUGGGUUUAUUUUGUCUUUUGCUUACUUUUUUCCCUCCUGCUACUGAAAAUUUCACUUGUUCUUUUCUUUGUUGUACUGCUUGGGGAUGUCAUAGAUGCUAUUAUGAAAUGUGUCAUUAAAGGACUCAAACUCACCACAUACUCCUGCAAUAGAUCAUCAAGAUCCUUGUUGAGGUAGAUACAAAGUAAGAUGUGCUAGAUGAAAAAAAAGAUAAUAAUAAAUUGGUUUUGUUUUUUUAUGUAAAAACUAGACUUGGCUAAGUUAAUCAGGAUUUGGGCUAAGUUAUACAAACAUUCCUACACAGCUGCAUAAUAAAAAGCGAAAAAAUAUAACCUGCUCCUAAAUUAAUCAUUUUUAUUUUAUCAGGGCCUGACUGAUAUCAACACACUGAAGGCCACAGAGGGCACAACAAUGGGGAUCUACUAUAUGUACUAUUUUGUUUGGCUAUAUUUUAUAUAUUGCAGAAUAAUCUUUGCAUUGUUGCCUAGCGACUUACCAUAAACCUGUUCAGGAAGUUGUGUAAACUAUAAUAUUUUUAAAACUUCAAAAUACUAAAAUGCAGUGUUUCAGCUUGGUGACAUCAAUUUGCUACAUUUUAUGUGGCAUUUCAACUUUGACCUUUUAAUGUGCGGACACCUGCUGUUGAUGGAGGAUCUUGAUUAAAGGUUUUGAAACAAAACUGUCAUUGUUUUUUACGUGGUGGGAAAAGAUUAAGUUGCUACACUGAUAAAAAUAUCCAUCCUGAUCUACUUAAAAAAAUUAAGGUAACUUUUUGCAUCAGAUUAUUAUGUAGUUCAAGCAAAACCUCUUCUUUGUAUUUACUACUUGCAUUUCUUUAUGUAAAAAAUAUUUUUUGCUAGUAAAGUCUAUUUAAUUUCGCAACUAAACCCUACUUAAUUUUAU